CCAUGGUGCCGAUCCUCCCCUGGAUUCCUUCUUCGGCCUCCCCAAAGGCCGGGCUCACCUACAGACCGGUAAAAUACCCACGCCACGGAGAGUCGUCCAGUCCCACACCUACCCACCCACCCGCGCACUUCCGCUUCCGGCUUCGGGCCUCUCGGAGCGGAAGUGGCUCGGACUCCGGCUCUCGGAACCAGACGUCCGGGACUCCUGCUUGGGCAGCCUGGAAAAAAAAAGGAGCAGUUCCACUUUCAGUCUCUGAAGAGAAAUUCUAGUUUCUUUCUCCAGGAAUUGAGGUCACGAUGGACCAGUAUAAGUCCGGUAUUUUGAGGAAUAAGGUGUGCAUUUAUGAUGAGCUGCCACCCAGUGUCAAAAAAUGGGAAGCAGUAACUUUUGAGGAUGUGGCUGUGAACUUCACCAUGGAGGAGUGGGCUUUGCUUGAUCCAUCCCAGAAGAAGCUCUAUAGAGAUGUGAUGUGGGAAAACUUUAGGAAUGUGGCUGCUAUAGAAAGAAACUGGGAUGAUCAGCAAAUUAAAGAUGAAUGCAAAACUUGCAGGAGAAGUGGAAGAAGUGAAGAAGUAGAGAAAUGCUGUCAAUAUAAAUUAUGUCAACAACAUGGAGAGACCUUUUUUUGGACUCGUACCAAAACAGGUGAAAACUUUGCUUUUAGAAAACCCCUGAUUAAUCAUUCAUUGUCUAAUGUGCCCAUUAUGGGUAACACCGGACUCGCAUCCUAUGAGUAUCAGAGAUUUGAGGAGAAGCUCUCUAACAAACACAGCAAAACUUCCACUGCCUUCCUGUCCUUUCAGAAGCAUACAAAAACAAAUCCUGGAGAUACACCCUAUGAAUAUGAGCAAUGUGGAAAAUCCUACUCUAAAGGCACUGAAGGAAGCAACACUAAAGAGAAACCAUUUAUAUAUGAGCAAGAUGUUAAAGCCUUCAGCACAACGAACUAUGUUCAAAUCUAUGAAAGAAAUCACAGUGAAGUGAAUACCUAUGUAUGUAUACAUUGUGGAAAAGCUUUUAAUUCUCUGCAUGACAUUCAGAUACAUGAAAGAGCUCACACUGGAGAAAAACCCUAUGUGUGUAAGCAGUGUGGGAAAGCUUUUAGUACACACAGUCAUUAUGUACAGGUGAAUUGA